UAAGUUUUACGUCUGACAGCAUUAGUGUCGUUUUUUAAAGCUAAAUGAUAAACAAACCUGAACCGGAAGGUGUUUGUGGUCGCGCCACGUCAGAGCUACAAAACUGUCAUCACCAGUGAAGAAGAGUCUCUGCAGCUUUGUGCACUUUGCUUCUGCUUCACCAUGCUGCAGCCGGGACUGAGCUGUUUGCUGCUGCUGCUGCAUGUCUGUGUGGUGUUUGGGACUGAGCUCUCAUUUGAGCUCCCUGACAACGACAAGCAGUGUUUCUACGAGGAGCUGGAGAAAGACGUGAAGUUUGACAUCGACUUCCAGGUCAUUGCAGGAGGCAACUAUGACGUGGACUGCUUCGUCACCGACCCUCAGAACAACGUCCUGUACAAUGAGAAGAAGAAGCAAUACGACAGCUUCUCUCACACCACGAUUAUGAAGGGAGAGUACAAGGUCUGCUUCAGCAACGAGUUCUCCACGUUCACGCAUAAAAUAGUGUAUCUGGACUUCCGCCACGGAGAUGAGGAGCCGCUUCUGCAGACCAUGACUAGAAGUACGGCGCUGACCCAGUUGGAGUCAUCUUGCGUCUCCAUUCAUGAGAUCCUGAAGGUGGUGGCUGAGUCGCAGACAUGGUACAGGCUAAGAGAGGCACAUGACCGCACAAAGGCAGAGCACCUCCUGGAGCGUGUCACCUACUGGUCCAUCGGAGAAACCGUCCUGCUGUUUGUCAUCGGCAUUGGUCAAGUCAUGAUGCUUAAGAGCUUCUUCGCCGAUAAGAAAGGCUCCGUGUUGGCCGCCACUUAACUCGUAGUUUUAAUUGUGUCCUCAGAAAGAGAGGUGGAAGCCCAGAAGUGACACAGAAGUGCAGCUCGAGAUUAGCACAUAUGUUAGUGUUUUCAACAACUGAAUAGUUAAAGGAGUUUUCCUAUUUCCGGCUGCCUCCUCAGAGUCUGACAGACUUGAAUGCCUUUUGCCACAUUUAUGUUGUUUUGCUCUUGACAAGCUGUGCUAAAAAGAAACACCACUGAUACUUGUGUUAGGAAUGAGAUUGACAUCUUUCAACCUGCCAUAGAUUAUUUAUUAUAUUUUUAUAGAAGUACAACAUGAACCAGCUUGAUCUACCGAAGAGUUGCCUAGUUUGUCUUACCAGUGGGACCAUUUUGGAUUUUCAUCUUGAUAUCCAGCAAUUACAGUAAAAAAUGUGGUGCACAGAUAGAAACCAAAGAGGCAUUGUUUCUGAAUGUUAGUUUUACAUAUUUCAUAGCAUUACUUAUGUGUACUGUAAGCCUAGUUAAUUUAUGUGUAAAAAAAAAAAAAAUUGUUAAAGCUGUAGGAGCUCUGUUAUCGUUUUUGUCUUUGUCUCAUAAAAAGUGCCUUAAGAAAUGUUUUCCCUCGUGCCUACCAAUUACAAAGUUUACUGUUUUAAUUUAAAUACAUGUCACCUUGUUGAUAUUGUUUGAUUUGAUUCUUAGUUUUCCUUCACAAGUUUUAUAUUAUGGGAUAGUGGAAAGUGACCAAUUUUGAAAGCCUUUUUUGCACCAAGUAAUGUUUUCAGACCUGUUUGUUCAUCUGUAAAACUUUUAUUAAAACCAUGUGGAAAACCAUAUGUUUUGGUGAA